AUGGUUGCUCAUCCCAGUGAGGACGAAAAAUCAUACCAUGAUGAUCGUCGUGGUGAUCGAAGUCGUGGCCGUAAUCAUCAAAAGGCCCAUGGUGGUCGUGUCCGUGACCAUGAUGAUCGUGGUCGAAGUCGUGGUGGUGUCCAUGAUCGUGAUGAUCACCAUGAUGGUGCCCAUGACCAUGGUGUCCAUAACCGUCAUGAUCGUGGUCGUGAUGAUGAUGAUCAUGUCCAUAAGGGUGAUGAUCGUGGUCGAAGUCAUGAUGGUGUCCGUGACCAUGGUGUCCGUGACCGUCAUGGUCGUGGUCGUGGUGAUGAUGAUCAUGUCCAUAAGGGUGAUCGAAGUCAUGAUGGUGUCCAUAAUCGUGAUGAUCCCCAUGAUGGUGUCCAUGGCCAUGGUGUGCAUGAGGGUGAUGAUCAUGGUCGUGAUCAUGUCCAUGAUGUCCAUGGUCAUGAUCGCCGUCGUGAUACUCGAAACCGCCUCCAUGGUGCUCCUUGUCGUGAUGUCCCUUACCGAAGUCGUCACCCCAAGUAG